AUGCUUUCUCAUGGUUUAAGGUUCAGCAGUAGAUAUAACGUGAAUUUAAGAACAGUUAAUGCUGCGAGGACUUUAAAAACAACAGGAAUACGACUGAAUGAUUUUGAUACUGUUCAUAUCAGAAAUACUAGUAAAUAUAGGCAGUUAUUGAUUGAGAGGGGUAAAUUUAGCUCGCAACAGGCUGCUACUAUUGUAAAUUUAAUGUCAGAUGCCAUGAAGGGAGGUGUUAAUCAUGUCUCGCAAGAUUUAGCCAAAAGAGAAAGACUAACGCAACUGACCUACCAACAAAGAGUCGAUUUCGCUAAAUUAAGAGAUCAAUUGUUGACCUCAGAUCGAAGUGAAUUCCACAACAUUCAAAACGAGUAUGAAAGCAUACGAACGGACCUUGAGAAGUUAAGAAGUAAAAUGAAACAAGAGAUCACGAAAGCAAAUGCAGGUUUUAAACUUGAUCUGUCGUUAGAGAAAGGACGUGUAAGGGAUGAGAGCAGUCAUCAUGACUUGAAGAUUAAAGAAAUUGAUACGAGAAUUGAUCAGGAAAUAGUAAAUAUGAAAGUACAAAUCGACUCAGUGAAGACGCAAGUCUUACAGUGGCUAUUUGGUGUCUGCACAGGUACAUUUGCAUUGAUGUUAGCAUAUGUCAGACUUAUAUCGUAG